AAGCAACGCCCCUUCCAGCCAGUUAGUGGAAGCCGCCGCCGCCACCAUGGUGCAGGCCUGGUAUAUGGACGAGUCCACCGCCGACCCGCGGAAGCCCCACCGCGCACAGCCCGACCGCCCCGUGAGCCUGGAGCAGCUGCGCACGCUCGGAGUGCUCUAUUGGAAGCUAGAUGCUGACAAGUAUGAGAACGAUCCAGAACUGGAAAAGAUCCGGAAAAUGAGAAACUACUCCUGGAUGGACAUCAUCACCAUAUGCAAAGAUACACUUCCCAAUUACGAGGAGAAGAUCAAGAUGUUCUUUGAGGAACAUCUGCAUCUGGAUGAGGAGAUCCGCUACAUCCUGGAGGGUAGUGGGUACUUCGAUGUCAGGGACAAGGAGGACAAGUGGAUCCGGAUUUCCAUGGAGAAGGGGGACAUGAUUACUCUUCCUGCCGGCAUCUAUCACCGCUUCACACUGGACGAGAAGAAUUACGUGAAGGCCAUGCGGCUGUUUGUUGGAGAACCUGUGUGGACACCAUACAACCGGCCAGCUGACCAUUUUGAUGCCCGUGUACAGUACAUGAGUUUUUUGGAAGGAACAGCAUAGCAGUGCUCCUCAAAGAGAAAACUGCACUGUGUGAAUCUCCUGCUGUGGUAACCGAAUGGAAAGUUGCUCACUUUUCUGCUUUUGUAUUUGAACUUGAGGCUAGACUAGCUCUCUUUGCUAGGAUUGUGAGAUCAGUGUCUUUUAAAUGAAAGCCUCUCUAAAAGUGAGUUUUACAUGGAAGCCACAAAAAUGUGAAAAAGUGACCUUAAUUUUCCCUAACUGUCAAGACUUAGAGGUAUAGGAGCCCUGGAUUGGUAUGUGCAUUCAUGCAUGGCCAAUCUUCAUCUCCCAGAUCUUUAGGUGUCUGUUGGUGUGAAGCUAUGCCUCCUGCAAGAGGGCAGUUAUAACCAGCACAACUAACCAGAUGACGUUUUUCUCCUUUGCUGAUUGUUGAGUGGGGAAGUGGGGUUGUUGUUCUUUCUUAAAACUAAGUUUCCUUAAUUGUAUGCUCACAGCUAAGCUGUAUGUACAUUCAUGUGUACCUACAGUAUUUUACUUGGUUCAUUAAAACCUCCCAUUUAGAUUCCUUAUGUGAUUUUUAUAUGUACAUAGUUAAUUUCUAUAUCAGGGUGAAAGAUCCUGACAGAAUGUAAAAGGUCACAGAAGCCCUGAAAUUGGCAAAAUAGAUUUCAUUGUUAACAGAACUAGCUUCACUGAUUUAGAAAAAUAGAGGUGCAUAAUGCUCUGGCCGCUCCUUGAACCCGUGUGUCUGCCAAUGUUUUGACCGUUCCUUGACCCAUGUGUGUGCCCACUGCUAAAGUCCACUGCCAGGUGUUUGUGAUAUUGGUUGCUGGGGAAGAGUCAGAAAAUCUCCCCAGCAACCACAGCCGGGUCAAUCCGGAGUUGCUACACCUGCACCAGACUCUUUCCUUGUACCCCUCCCAAACCCAUUUCUUGAGAAAUCAUUUUAGAAUAGAUAUUGUUUAGAUUGGGAAAUCCCCUACUCCUUCCUUCUCCUUUCCCCCCUGAGGGCCUAUAAAAACUGGGACCCCUUUCUCCUCGGGGUCAACUCCUCUACCCCUGCGUGGGAUAUGAGUCAUUCCCAGAGCUCUGGCUUUCCCCAAUAAAGCCUCGUGUGGUUUGCAUCAAA